AUGUGGCUGCGAAUGCUCCAAGGACAAACCCAAGGUACACCUAAGGCCACCGAAAUCGAAACGGAUGCUUCGCGUUGCGGAAGUCACGGGAAACUUGAUUGCGGAGUUUGCUCUUACGACGCGAGUUUCUUUGGCAAAAACUGCCAAGGUGGGACGGACGGAGACGAGGACGAGGACGACGCAGGAAAGCUGAUGCAGGGCUGCCGGGCGAGCAAGACGUCCGAGGAAGUCUGCAGCAAUCGGGGAAUAUGCAGACACGGAAAGUGCUGCUGCUUCGAGGAAAACAUUUACGGCUCAUUUUGCCAGUGCGACGACAACUCAUGCCGACGAUCCGCUGAUGGAAUGAUGUGCGGAGGACACGGGAAGUGCGAUUGCGGAAAGUGUACUUGUGACGGUGGAUGGGACGGAGACGCGUGCGAAAUCAAAACUGACAAGACUUUGUGUUACCCGCCGGGCGAAAAUGCCGAUAUUUGCAGCAAAGCCGGGAGUUGCGAACAGGGACGGUGCGUGUGCGAUAAGAAAAUGAAAAGGCACGGAGAGUUCUGCGAGGAAUGCCCGACGUGUCCAAGUCAAAAGUGUGACGAGCUCAAAGCCUGCGUUGAGUGUGUCGUGCAUGAAACCGGCAGUAUCCACGCGACACCCCCGGAUUGUGAUGGUUGCGGUAAAUACAAAAUUACAAAGGCAAGUACAGCAACCGCAAUCUUCGGAAAUACUUUGUUUGCACACUUACGCGAGCGUUUCCAGGUUGACGCGAUUCAGGAAAACACUGACGAGAAAAGACCAGAAGAGCACUAUUGCCAAAUUCCGGCCGAUGACGGUUCCACGUUCGUUUUUACAUACUUCUACGUCGGCCAGGAUAUCCAUGUAAUGGCGGAAAAGGAUAAAAAGUAUCCUAUAAUCGAUGAUUUCGUUGCUGCGACUCUCGCCGUGAUGGCUGUUACUCUGUUACUGGGAUUGCUGACUAUCCUGGCAUGGAAGGUGGUAACGCAUAUCCAUGACAAGAGAGAGUUCCAGAAAUUCGAGAAAGAGCGUUCGAAUCCAAAAUGGGGUCAGGCUCAAAAUCCACUCUACGUCGACGCAGUGACGACUUUCCAAAACCCCACGUUCAGCUCUCUUCGCGAACAGGAUCAAUUUUAG